GACCAGGACUAUAUAUAAUGUCAGGCUUGCUAGCAGAGAAGGCACACACACAGCAAAACAACAAUCAGCCCAUCAGAACAAACUCUUGAAGCAGUAAUAACCAUGUCACAGUCAGGCGAGGUGAAAAAGAAGAAGCGGCCACCGAUAAAGGAGGAGGACUUGAAAGGAGCUCGCAGUAAACUGGGCCUGAAGGGCGAGGUCAAAAGUAAGACCUAUGAGGUCAUGGUGGAGUGUGAGCGUAUGGGGAAGGUGGCUCCAUCUGUGUUCAGUGGCGUCAGGACGGGCACAGAGACGGUUCUUGCUCAGCCUGCUGCUCCGAAGGAUCCUUCAGCCAGUGUGUUCGGCAAAUAGUCACCGAAGUAAAAAAAAAAAAAAUGUCGCUUUCACAGUCAUUAACAGGACGGUGGUAAAU